UUAAAACCCUGUCCUGCCUAGAGCUUCAUUUAGCUACUCAAGUGUAACCAACUUCACCAAGCAGGCUGUCGCCGCCGACUUGGUAGGGCUACUAGCGGUCCUGUGCUGUCCAUUGUACAGACAACGCGUUCAUCUUUCUACAGUCUAUUCUUCUUCCGUGCCGAGGUGUCUAUUAGGAUGCAGUUACCACUUUUUUCACUAUUCUGAUUCAUUAAAAAUCAGGGAACCGUCCACGUUGGAAACGAUAAACGGAUUAAACGGACAAGCUCCACUCCAAUCACAAGUACAAACGAACAUCUCACUUACUCUUUCUUUCACAUUUUUCCUAGUUUUACAACUUUUUUCACGGCCAGUGCGCAAGCUUGGCACUGGCGCGCAAGAAAAAAUUUUUUAAACAUUUAUUUCCACGCUCCCUUGCGUGCCGUAACGUUCACACACUGGCCCCACUGAUUGUGGUAUAAAAAGGGCACGGAAACCGAGAACAUGAUGAGCAAUAAUACUUACUACGAGCAGCAGCAGCCGCCGCAGUACUACCAGAGUACGGACAACGGGGACGACGAAGAAGAGGAGAUGCCGGCUACGGAGAAGGACCUCGCUGAGGAUGCGCCCUGGAAGAAAAUCCAACAGAACACCUUCACCAGGUGGUGUAACGAGCACCUCAAGUGCCUCAACAAGCGGAUCAACGACCUACAGAAAGACCUGACCGACGGGCUCAAGCUCAUCGGUCUCCUGGAGGUUUUGAGCCAGAAAAAGAUGUACAGAAAGUACCACGCCAGACCUAACUUCAGACAGAUGAAACUGGAAAAUGUGUCCGUCGCGCUGGAAUUCUUGGAGAGAGAACACAUAAAGCUGGUAUCGAUAGACAGUAAGGCCAUCGUGGAUGGGAACCUGAAGCUUAUCCUGGGUCUGAUCUGGACUCUGAUCCUGCACUACUCCAUCUCAAUGCCCAUGUGGGAGGACGAGGACGAUGAGGACGCCAAGAAGCUGACCCCCAAGCAGAGGCUGCUGGGAUGGAUCCAGAACAAGGUGCCCCAGCUGCACAUCAACAACUUCCACCGUGACUGGAGGGACGGCAAGGCCCUGGGAGCCCUGGUUGACAACUGUGCCCCAGGCCUGUGUCCUGACUGGGAGACGUGGGAUCCUAGCCAGCCUGUGGAGAAUGCCAGGGAGGCAAUGCAGCAGGCUGACGACUGGCUCGGUGUGCCCCAGGUAACAUCACCACACUACCUACACUUCCCUCCUGGUCUCACCUGGUUUAGUUCACAUAACCUGAACUCAUUUGUACUAGUUAAACUCAUCUAG